GCGGGCGCGGGACAUUUGAACAAGACGUCGACUGGAGUUUCAGCGCUAGAAUCUGAGGAAUUUGGAUUUGUACACAGGGGCGGUGUAUAGUAGUCAUGGGCCGGUAGGUGGGCUCCGUGUAUAGUAAGUGGUAGGUUAUGGUGCCAUAGAGGUCCGGGCACCAGUGAGUAGCCAGAGGGGACACAUACGUUAUUUUACAAGGUCAGCUGCGCUAUUUGAGUUGCUGUCAUGUCCGAGAAGAAAAGGGGGAGCGGCGCUGAGAGGAGAAAGUCUACAGAGGAAGGUAUCUCUCCACCUACCAGAAGGUCUCAGAGGAAAUCAACUUUGGAAAAUACAUUCUCAGACAGUCCGGUAUGUCCCAAGAUUGUUCCAGCAGUGUCUGAACAGAAGAUGCAAAUUGGAAUAGAGAGACAUAGCCAGAAAGAUGGAGAUGUCUGUAUCAUCUCUCCACCUACCAGAAGGUCUCAGAGGAAAUCAACUUUGGAAAAUACAGUCUCAGAGAGUCCAGUAUGUCUAAAGAUUUUUCCAGCAAUGUCUGAACAGAAGAAGCAAAUUGGAGUAGAGAGACGUAGCCAGAACGAUGGAGAUGUCUGCAUCACUUCUCCAACUAAGAGAAAAUCUCAAAGGAAAUCAGCCAUGAACACCACCACCACCUUAGACAGCCUGGAAGGCAGUAAGGACAUCAUUCCAGACCAGCAGAGUGGGAGUAGUGCACACAGGCAGAGCCAGAAGGGUUGUGACACUGGAGUUUUCUCCCCACCUACUCGCAAAUCUCAGCGGAAAUCUGCUCUGGACAACACCGCUUCAGACAGCCCAGGUUGUGUAGUUGCCACAAGGGCUGAGCAGAAAAGGCCAAGCAGCACAGGCAGAGUGAGCCAGAAGGAGCAGGGGGACACUUGCAACACCUCCCCACCCAACGGGAAAUCCCAAAGGAAAUCUGAAUCGGAAAAUGCAGCACCAGAAAUUACAAUGCCAGCUCCUAUUUUUAAACGAUCCUUUGUAGUGAAGAAAAUAAUGCCCAGGAAGACACUGGCUGUCAGUGCAACUCAAAUUAAAUCCAGGCUUACCAACGCAUUAGAUGCGCCACAGUCUACCCCUAAGGCUUUAAAUGUUACAGCUGCACCACGAAGGAGUUCCAGGGUGUCGCCAAAAGUGCAGAAAGAAAACACGAUUCCUGAUGAGUUACAAGCUCUCCCUAAAGGAGUAAAAGAUCAAGCACCUGCUUCCAUAACAGACAUCCUUUCUCCUAUUCCUGUCAAUGUUCCAUCAUCUCCUGGUCUAGAUGACCGUGACCAUGUGAUGUCACAGAAAGUGCGACGGUCGUACAGCCGACUGGAAAUGUCCCUGAAUAGCAGUUCUUUCUUAUACAGCCCCACCAGGAGAAAUGACUCUUCAGAAACAUCUACGCCUAAUCUGACCCCAAAAGGAGGACGGCCGUCUUUGUUCGGGUUUGAGAAGUUGUGUAGCACUGAAGCGCUAGAGGAGGAACAGAGACACAGAGCAGAGACCAAGAAAAGAACAGUUAAUCAGAGUCCACCAGGGGCAUGUUUACCCUCUGAGCCAGACCAAAAUAUUCCUGGUGUUGUUGUGAUUAAAGAGAAGAGAAGAAAGCGCAAAGUUCAACUGAUAGAGAAGUCCGAGCUGGAUGAAUGGGCGGCCCUCAUGAAUGCAGAGUUCGAUGAAGCGGAAAAGUUUAACCUCCUGGUGGAAUGAGCCCAUAAUCCUCAUCGCUUGUACAUAGACUGAUAAUACUGCGUAUACAGAUUCCUGUACAUAUUUCUUUCAUCUGUCUUUGUGUUAGGUUCUCACUAAACAAUCUGUUACUCCUUAUCUUGUUGUCCUUAAAGACUUUUUGUUGGUGUAAUAUAUUUAUGUAUUGGCUUUACUAUUUUAUACAGAAGGAUAUUUGUUUUGUAAAUAGAUGGAAUUCCAAAUGUUUCUUUUAUGAUGCAGAUAAAGCAGGCAAUUUUAAACAACUUUCCAAUUUUACUUCUAUUACAUUUUCUUUGUUUUCUUGGUAUCUUUUGUUGAAAAGCAGGAGCUUAGGAGCCGGCUCAUUUUUGGAGCACUAUAUGGAAGCAGUUUUGCAAGAAUGUUAUCCAUUUGCAAGAGCACUAGAUGGCAGCACUAUUUCCUGCCAUGUAGUGCUUUAGAUGCCUACCUAGGUAUCUCUUCAACAAAGGAUACCACGGGAACAAAGCAGAUUUAUUAAACUGGAAACCUUGUUAAAAUUGUAUGCUCUGUCUGACUCGCAAGAGAUUUUCUGGGUGUCAUAACCCUUUAACUAUGCAGACAUAUUUGGUCCCAUUUGAUUAUAAUUGUUUGCAAUUCAUUCAUGAAGUUUAAGGCAGGAGCUGCAAACCGUUUUUUUGUCAUUUUCUAAAUGAGUUUGUAGGGGGUUUAGUGCUCACCCAUGUCCUAUUUGACUCUGUUAAAUUACUGCAUAGUGCUACUAAUUAUCCGUUUUACUAGUAGAUCAGGUUUUGAUAAUCUGCUUUCUAUAAAGUUUAAACUUUAUAAUAUAA